CAUAGUGUAAACUGAUAAGCUAUCGCAUGUCGCAGCGCUUUAUCAAUUUUAUCAUUCAAGAGUUUUGAAACGUCGCGGUUGGGUGCCGUAAUAUUUACUACUACAUUUAAAAAUCUACGAAAAUGAGUUCAAAAGUAGCCAUCGUAACCGGCAGCAACAAGGGCAUAGGCUUCGCGAUAGUUCGCGGGCUCUGCAAGAGAUUCGAAGGAAAUGUUUAUCUCACUUCGCGUGACGUGAGGCGCGGCGAGCAGGCCGUGGCCGAUCUGCAGAAAGAGGGUUUGAACCCGAAAUACCACCAGCUAGACAUCACGAAUGCGAAAAGCGUUGAGGUGUUCCGAGACUAUUUAAAAGAGAAGUACGGAGGCAUCGAUGUUUUGGUAAACAAUGCAGCGAUUGCAUUUAAAGGCAACGCAACUGAACCCGUAGCAGUGCAGGCCGAGCAAACUUUGUUCGUAAACUACUUUUCUACACUUUCAACAUGCGAAAUACUGUUUCCUAUACUCCGUGAUGGGGCUCGAGUUGUGAACGUGUCUAGUUCAGCCGGCCAUUUGAGUAAUAUACCAAGCAAAAGGUUACGUGACCGGCUUCAAGAUCCUACUCUAACUAUAUCGGAACUGUCGGGCUUGAUGCGUGACUACGUUGAGGCGGCUAAGUUGGGUACUCAGGCCGCUGAGUGGGGAAACUCAUCGUAUGUCGUCUCUAAAGUUGGUUUGACAGCACUGACGAAGAUACAGCAGAGGCUUCUCAAUGAUAGAGAUAUAAAAGUCAACGCAGUGCACCCCGGCUACGUGGACACGGAUAUGUCGUCACACAAAGGUCCGCUCUCCAUCGACGACGGGGCUCAGGCUCCUCUAUACCUUGCUCUAGAUGCCCCGGACUCAGUGAGGGGGGAGUUUGUGUGGUACAACAAGAAGAUCGUCUCGUGGGCUGAUGAUAAGCCAACAGAGAAAUAUUAAAAAUGGCGACGUCCGCUGGCUACCCAGCCAUGGCCAUCUCUGGCUACCUACCGUAGACAAAGUAGCAAACAACACAACAGUAGUGAACACAAACACGCGAGCGUCCGUCCUGGCGAUCAGUUGGCCACUGAUUGAGGGACGCCAAAAUACUGGUGACUUGGCUGCGCGUCACCAAGUUGCCAGAGUAUCCAAUUUCCAAGUUGAAGCCGGUCGGUCGUGGCUACACUUCCAAUUCGUAACCAGACCGUAGCUAAGUGAGUUAACUGUCAUAAAUUUCAAUACUAAUUGUUUGGAUACGUAGCCAGCGACGUCGCCAUGGCGUCCUAGUGUGUUAAUACUCAUAUAGUUGGACAGGGAUAUUAUACUGUGACCUUCCUUGAAUGUUUUAUAAACAGCUGUGAAAGUUUUUGCAUUACUGAUUUGUGAUAAGUGAUAACUUGAUAAGUAUUGUCAUAUUAUUAUUUCUUACAGCCUAUACAGUAUACAUGAACCAAAAAAUAAAAUAGAUAAAAAACUGGUGUAAUUAGAAUGCUAGCAAAAAUGUACUGAUGCUUACAGAUGAUACCACAAAUAUAACGCGAAAGGAAAACCUGUAUUUUUAAAAGUUAGCAAUAUAUUGCAAAUAAAACAUCUGACUGACGCUAGAGAUAAACGAACGUUGCGUCGAUAGAUGCCGCGAGGUCAAUGCCGCGUCGUAAGCAGGGCAUUUUAGUAAGUUAUAUCACUAAAGUUACAGUAUAAGGCAAAUGGUUAUUAUUGGUAUUGGAUUGUAAUAAAAGCGCUACAUUCUAAUUACACCCUGCAUUAUAAUAAACUAAUAAUAAUAAUUUUCAACGCCGCCUUAAAAUAAAAUACUCUGUAUUUAUGUACAUAAAAAUAAAUGGAAGUUUAUUUUGGUUA